GGUGGAGGCCCAGGCCACAUCCGGCGGUCGCUGUCCGUCUAGGGAGGCUGAGGUGGAAGGCACCUGCCCCUAGGAGCCUAGUGGAGUGCGGGUCUCCUGGUGCUGGGGAGCCGAGGGCCGGAGCGAGCAGAGAGGGAGGAGGGAAGCAGGUCUUCGCCGCUCCCUUGAGGGCGCCUGUCCAUCGUGUGGCCCCGGCUCAACCCGGCCCGGCCCGGCCCGGCCCAGCCCAGCCCAGGCUGGUCCCGAGGCCCAACUCCCGCCUCCCCCAUGGAGCCAGAGGAGGAGGAGGCCGAGACUCGCCAAGGAGCCGCUGCCGCCGCCCGGCCCUGAGCCCCGGAGUUCUGUUUCUCCCUGUCAUAAAGACCAUGGAGAAGAAGUUGGAAGUUAAAUUAGACAUUGGUUCCUGGAUUUUAUCAGGAAGUUGUUGGCAAAGACCUGCAGAGUGGCUGAAAAUCCUGCAUCUAUUUUAUGCAUGUCUUUGUCUCAGUGCUUUGUGUUCAUCAACAGAUGCCAGUGGGAGUAGGUGCCAUCUGGGGAACACUCAACUUGGGGUCAGCCUGCGGUCUUGGGGAGAAAAUCACCUCCAACUUCUAGAGGGAGCUCAUUCUCUACAAUCAUGUUGGGCUGCCUGCUGCCAGGAUCACAACUGCCAUGUCUUUUGGUGGUUGGAAAAUCUAUGCAUGAAAGUGAAUUGCAGUGAUCGCCAAAGCUGCCAGGUGUCUAGGACAGACACUUCUUACUCCAUGUUGGUGUUUUUACGGAAAGUGCAAACUGCAGAAGAUUUGGAUUUCCCACCUGAAAGACAUACAGUGAACCUUCUAGGGCUACAGUGGAGCAGGGCUCUACAGAGGACCCGGAGAUCAUCCAAUUAUGAGCUGCUCUUAGAGAAAUCAUCAUCAUCUGGUGGUCAGCAGAGUCCCAAAAAGAAACCUCAGCAAGGAGACCCUCCCAGCUAUUUUGACAAUGGGCCUUCUACAGAAACAGUAACAGAAUUCACUAGUGGGAAGGAGUCAAGUCAAGCCAACCAGACGGCUCAGAAAAGUCCCGAGGCCCUUGAGAUUGGAUCACACAGCCUCCCAGUCCAAGAAAACAUCUCUUGGGCAGCAAGUAUGGACUUGAGAAAGUCAAGGCUGCAUUCUGAAAUAAAUAACUCCAGGGAUCCAGGCAGUUCAAAUACCAGUAACUCUGCAGAGGUCCACAAGGAAUUUCCCAGGCUGCUGGAAUCCCCUGAUCUGGUUCCCUCUUCCAGUCCUUUAAUCCUGGGCCUAACAGCUGCAGGGAAAACAGAAAACCUCAGUUUGCUGACCAAUACAUCUGUCCAGCCUGACAUCUCAAAGGAGUUGAUUCCUACUCCCAGUUUUUUACCAGGAAGAAGCUUUGGGAAUAAUCACAUCACUACCUCUUUGCCACCGAUUCUGCCCCAUCGAGAUAAUAUCCCCGCUCACCAGACUACCCCUACUUCCUUCCCAAGUACUGUGUCAUCAACCCCAGGUAUAAAGGAGUUGGUAGUGUCUGCAGGAGACAGCGUAGAGAUGACCCUGCCCAAGAAUGAAGUUCAGUUAAAUGCGUUUGUCAUCCCAGCACCAGAGGGAGGCAAAAUCUACUCCUACGAAUGGAAGCUGAUUACUCAUCCUACAAACUACAGUGGAGAAAUGGAAGGACAGCAUUCACAGGUCCUCAAGCUCUCCAAGCUCACCCCUGGUCUGUAUGAAUUCAAAGUGGUUGUACGUGGCCAAAAUUCUCACGGGGAGGGAUAUGUGAAUGUGACGGUAAAUCCAGAGCCCCAUGUGAAUCAGCCCCCUGUUGCUGUUGUGUCACCACAAUUCCAGGAGAUCUCUCUGCCAACUACUUCCACAGUCAUUGAUGGCAGCCAAAGCACGGAUGAUGAUAAAAUUGUUCGAUACCACUGGGAAGAACUGAAGGGGCCCCUGAGAGAAGAAAAAGUAUCUGAAGACACAGCCAUAUUAAAACUGACCAACCUGGUCCCGGGAAAUUAUACCUUCAGCCUGACAGUGGUGGAUUCAUUUGGAGCCAGCAGUUCAACCACCGCCAGCCUGACUGUGAACAAGGCAGUGGAUUACCCUCCUGUGGCUAAUGCAGGCCCCAACCAAGUGAUUACACUUCCUCAGAACUCCAUCACCCUGUAUGGGAAUCAGAGCACCGAUGACCAUGGCAUUGCCAGCUAUGAGUGGUCUCUCAGCCCAAGCAGCAAAGGGAAGGUUGUGGACAUGCAGGGUGUGAGAACCCCAGCCCUGCAACUUUCUGCAAUGCAAGAAGGAGACUACACCUAUCAGCUCACGGUGACUGAUACAGCAGGACACCAAGCCACCACAGAGGUCAUUGUCAUUGUCCAGCCAGAGAACAACAAGCCACCCCAGGCAGACGCUGGCCCAGAUAAAGAACUGACCCUUCCUGUUGACAGCACAACUCUGGACGGUAGCAAAAGCCUGGAUGACCAGAAAAUCAUCUCAUACCUCUGGGAAAAAACACGGGGCCCUGAUGGUGUACGACUUGAAAAUGCCAACAAUUCCAUAGCAACUGUGACUGGCCUCCAGGUGGGAACCUAUAUAUUCACCCUGACUGUCAAAGAUGAAAGGAACCUGCAGAGCCAAAGCUCCGUCAGUGUCAUUGUCAAAGAAGAAAUGAACAAGCCACCUGUGGCCAAAAUAGUUGGGAAUGUAGUAAUAACUCUGCCCACUAACACAGCUGAGUUGGAUGGAUCCAGGUCCUCCGAUGACAAGGGCAUAGUCAGUUACCUCUGGACUAGGGAUGAAGGAAGCCCAGCAGCAGGGGAAGUAUUAAAUCAUUCUGACCAUCACCCCAUUCUAUUCCUCUCCAACCUGGUGGAAGGAACUUACACAUUUCACUUGAGAGUGACUGAUGCAAAGGGUGAGAGUGACACAGACCGGACUACUGUGGAUGUGAAGCCAGACCCCAGGAAGAACAACCUGGUGGAGAUGAUCCUGGACGUCAAUGUCAGCCAACUGACAGAGAGGCAGAAGGGGAUGUUCAUUCGGCAGAUUGGUGUCCUCCUGGGGGUGUUGGAUUCUGACAUCACUGUGCAAAAGAUCCAGCCAUAUACAGAGCAGAGCACGAAGAUGGUGUUUUUUGUACAGAAUGAGCCUCCACACCAGAUAUUUAAAGGCCAUGAUGUUGCAGCGAUGCUAAAGAGUGAGCUGAGAAAGCAGCAAACAGAUUUCCUGAUUUUUCGGGCCCUGGAAAUCAAUACUGUCACUUGUCAAUUGAACUGCUCUGAUCAUGGCCGCUGCGAUUCUUUCACCAAGCGCUGUAUCUGCGACCCUUUUUGGAUGGAGAACUUCAUUAAAGUGCAGCUGAAAGAUGGAGAGAGCAACUGCGAAUGGAGCGUCCUCUAUGUCAUCAUUGCCUCGUUUGUCAUUAUUGUUGCACUGGGGAUCCUGUCCUGGACUAUGGUCUGCUGCUGUAAGAGGCGAAAAGGGAAACCCAAGAGGAAGAGCAAGUACAAGAUCUUGGAUGCCACAGAUCAGGAAAGUCUGGAGCUAAAACCAAACCCCAGAGCAGGUAACAAGCAGAAGGUACCCAUCCUGAACAGUAGCCUGAUGCACUCCGAGUCCGAACUGGAUAGUGAUGAAGCUAUCUUUACCUGGCCUGACCGAGAGAAGGGCCGAUUACUUCGUGGCCAGAAUGGCUCUCUGCGCAAUGGACAGGCUCCACUCAAGCCCAAGACCCCCAGAGAGGAGAUCUUGUAGCCAGCCUGUGUCCUUGAGAGGAACAGGAAGCAAGGGAGCAGAGGGGAGACAGGAAAUGUCUCUGCUGUAGGGAGGAGGGGACAAUGAAAGCUUGAGAGGUCCAGGCUGCUAAGUCAUUUUCUAGACCGUGUGUGUGUGUGUGUGUGUGUGUGUGUGUGUGUGUGUGUUCAUUCCAUUCUUUCUCCUGUAUUCUCUCCUCUCCCUCCCUUCCCCAAUUCUGAACAGAACUGGUUGUACUUGAAUCCAGACAUCUCUAAAGAACUCCAGAGGAAACUGUGAAUGAAGAGACUUCCUCUUCCCCAGGACUUAGCACCCAACCAAAAGGACCUCUAUGAGCUGCUCAGCUCAGGACCCCUUCUUCUUGGGGAAGGACAGCGCAGGAUGGGGGAGGACAGAGUUGUAAGCAGUUCUGGAGGUGUCAUUCCAGGGGAGCUUCCAGCCUGCCCUGUCUUCCUUCAUUCCCUCCUCUUCUCCUCGCCUCCCCCGCCCCAUCCUUGGAUGUGGCUGCUUUCUUCUCUUGUCCUGAGUCCUUCCUAGAGCCUAGACUGGCAGGCCCCAAGGAAAAGUAGCACAGCAGAACCUCUUCCUCUCCCCCCUGCCCCAUCCCUCCAGAUAGAACUCUAGGAUCCUAAUGCCCAUGGGACAGCUUGGAAUAUGAACCUUUGGGGGUGUGUGUUUAAAUUAUUUGUCGUUUCACUGAAAUGAAGAGAACUGAGCCCCCUCCUUGGGCACUGAUGGAGCAAGGCUAUGGGUGAGAGGCAGCUCUGAUUGUUUUAUGCACUAGGUUUUCCCCUUGAGAGCCCAGGCUUAUUCAUCAGGGACUCUUCCCUCUGCCCUGCCACCACCGCUGCCCUCUGCUCAUUCUGUCAGAUGUGGAGUGCUCGCUGUCUACCAGCAUCUUUGGGGCCCCUAGUGAUGGGAGCACAGUGGCCUAUGUAUCCUCUGGUCAUCUGAGCCUUGGUUCCAUCCACUUCAGUCAGUCUUUUUCUCCACUUACACACUAGGGAAGGAGAGGGGAAGGUUGCCUGAUGGACAGGGCUGUGCCCAUUCAUUUCAGGGUGACUGCAUAUCUGAUGCUCUUUUAGUUCCCAUUGCUGACCUGCUUUCAGAGCAAGCAUCUGGCAAGUGCCUACUCUGUGGUCGAUUCACCUGAGCCUGAGGGACUUGUGCCCCACAUUCCUCCCAUUCUGGCUCAUGGGCAAUUUCCUCAAGCCUCCCUCCCUGUUCUGCAAGGCUGACGUCAGAAUGAAGGUAGUCACUGGAAUUGGCAGACAUGUAGCAGCAGCAGUGUGUGUGUGUGUGUGUGUGUGUGUGCACGCAUGAUACAGAUGAGAAUGAGGACUUUUCCUCAUCGCUAUUUUCUCACUGUGUAUCACUGUUUCAUUCUCCAUCAGAAUGUCACUCCUUGUCUAUUGGACCUGUUUGCACACUCCAGGGCCCAAUUCUUUGCCUGGAAGAUUCUCCUUGGGCAAGGAGGCCUGUUGUGCAUCUCUGCCUUGCUGAAGACAGCUUUGCCCUCUAUUUCUGGGCGCUGGAGGUUUUGAGGGAAAACUUUUUUUUUUUUUUAAGAAAAAAAAAUUUAUACUACUGCACUACAGACUUGUUGUGAAAUGAUUAAACAUGCUAUUUAAUUUUUCUUGUA